AUGUGCCACUUUCAGGUCUCCUCACACUGCUGGUGGGUUCCAUUUUGUCAUAGGGUGCUGGCAGAUUACGGGCCUCCCAUUGCUGCUGCCAGGCCCGUAAUCUGCCAUGGGCCCCCUGUACCGCCUCCUCAUGCUGCUGCCAGGUCCAAGUGUCUCUCAUGGGUCCCUGUACGGCCUCCCAUUGCUGCUGUCUCCAUCGCCACACUCUGCCAUGUGCCACUUUCAGGUCUCCUCACACUGCUGGUGGGUUCCAUUUUGUCAUAGGGUGCUGGCAGAUUACGGGCCUCCCAUUGCUGCUGCCAGGCCCGUAAUCUGCCAUGGGCCCCCGUACCGCCUCCUCAUGCUGCUGCCAGGUCCAGAGUGUCUCAUGGGUCCCUGUACGGCCUCCCAUUGCUGCUGUCUCCCAUCGCCACACUCUGCCAUGUGCCACUUUCAGGUCUCCUCACACUGCUGGUGGGUUCCAUUUUGUCAUAGGGUGCUGGCAGAUUACGGGCCUCCCCGAUCCCAUGCUGCUGCCAGGCCCGUAAUCUGCCAUGGGCCCCGUACCGCC